AUGACCGACUUGUUAUUGGAUCCGGCCAUCCGGACAUGGGUUUUCCUGCCGAUCGUGGUCAUAACCUUCUUUAUCGGAAUCCUCAGACACUACGUUUCUCUUCUUCUGAUGUCCAAAAAGAAGGUAAGCGAUCUGUCUCUUUUGAAUAAUUUCCACAAAUUCAUAAUUUCCAGGUAGAACUCGAGAACAUAGCCGACGGUCAAUAUCUGUUACGCGCACGGCUUCUGCGAGAAAAUGGGCGAUUCCUCCCGAAGACGUCAUUCAACGCGAGACGACAGUACUUGUGUGCCGAAGAAACCGGAUAUCUGACGAAGGCGAUGGCGAGACCGGCGAAAGGACCGAAUCCAAUGGACCCGACUCAAAUGACCGAGAUGCUGAAAGGAAAUAUGAUGAACAUGGUGAGAGAAAAUGAGAAAGCUUCGCUGAGAAUUAGACAUUUAGAUCCCGAUGAUCGUGGUGGGAGGAUGGAUCAACUGGACGUUCUCUGGAUUCGUGACCACUCGCGUUCCGUUCCCGCUGACCCUCAAGUUCAAAGCAAUGCUCCAAAGAGGAGUCGACCUCGUUUCCCUCGAUUCCGCCUGGGUUUCCUCUGCUUCAUGGUACUUCCUCUGCAUGUUCGGACUCCGUUCCAUCUACACCCUCGUGCUCGGAAGUGAGAACGCCGCCGAUCAGAGCAAGGCAAUGGAAGAUCAGAUGUCAAUGACCGGAUCGGCAGUCAACCCUCAAGCGGAUCCCCGUGCCGCCUUCAAAGGAGAAUGGGAGGCACUCCAGAUGACCCAGCACCAAUUCGCUCUCUAA